UAAGUAUUUUUAUUAACUACAUAAGUCGUAAUUAAUUAAGUACAUUAAUAAACGCAAACGUUAAUGACCGUGAAAAGUUUGAAUCGCCGCUUUUUUGAUGCGCAGAAGAUUUUGGACGAAAAGAAACCCACCCAAAACGCAACGGUUGUUGACCCUGCUGACUCCUGUCAAAUAAUAAUAAUAUUUUUUUGGAAAAUAGCUAUAAUGCUGAAAGUGAUUAUGUAUAUUUUGUUUUAUUUAUAACUGUAAUUAAAAAAACUUAUACAAGCCUAAAGCCGUGGGAAGAGAAAUGUGAUAAAACAACUUUCGUGUUUGUACUCAAUGACGCAUAAAAGUUAAAUCGUAAUAUUUCAGUGUAGAGUGUUUUUCAAACGCUUAAUUCAGUGUGAUUUGCUGUAAAAAUGGAAAUGAACGAGGAGUACCACGAUCCAGACUAUCCCGAAGUACCCGUUUGUGUCAAGGAAGAGGCACCGAGUCUCACAGAAGACGAGAAAAUAACCAAAAUCAAACAAAUCGUGCGUCGCGAAUUCAGGAAGGAAUUGGACGCGAGAGAGGAUGAGGUCGCGUUAAUAGAUCAAAGAAUGAUAAAAGCGCGAAGAUAUCUCCACCAGCUUCGAUAUGCCUUAGUGAUGAACUUCUACACGGAGCAGAAGUUGCAGAUGAGCUCCAGCCAGAUCGAGGAUGAGGUGGCAUCACAGAGCGAGCCUCGCGCCAGGGCUGAGGUGUCAAGUAUUCUUCGCGACAGUCAGCGCAGCUUGCACCCCUCAGUUCGGAAGCUACUGGGAAAGAAAACUGUUGACAUGGAAGAGAUUUUCCGAUCCAGGGCACCUAGGAAUAAGACUAGGGUUGACUAUUCUGCCAUGAUCCACGCGAAAAACGUGACAAUAUCAGCCGACACCACCAAAACCCUGCGACCUUCCACGGAGGAACCCCUCAAGACUGAGGAAGCCAGCUGCAGCAGUGUUCCACCAAGAAAGGUGCCUCGGCAUUUGGAACCGAAGGUGGAUAAUGUGCUGACACUGGACGGAGUCACCAGGAAUAAACAGAAACAUCGCUACAGGAUCAUUAUUGGUAACACGUCAAAAUACAUGCCCCCGGCGUCGCGCGCGGAUCGUUCUACCCACAAAUGGCUGCUGUACGUUCGAGGCCCGCCACUCCAACCCGAUGUGUCGAGGGUUAUAACGUCGGUCACAGUCAGAUUGCAUCACUCCUAUGCGCCGCAUCACAUCGUCGUUAUAGACAAACCACCGUUCCAAAUCUCGCGACGCGGCUGGGGAGAGUUUCCCGCCAAGCUCACUCUGGACUUUACGAUGCCUCAACACAACCGCCCGGCCACGCUCACUCAUACUAUCAAACUGGAUCGCAACUACACUGGCCUACAAACUUUAGGUGCCGAAACGAUAGUAGAUGUAUGGUUAUACAGUACCCCAGAAAUGCUACCAUUUGAAUAUAAGACUGAUCAGGAACCUACUAUAAAGACAGACGAACAGACAGACAUACUACUGAAAGACAUUAAAACAGAGCCGCUGAACGAAAUUAGUGAAAUAAGUGAACAAAUGGAUGAAAUUAGUGAACAAAUUGAUGAAAUCGGUGUAAAUAAACAAUCAGAGACAGAUGAAUGGCUUAACUUCUUCACAAAUGACACAACAGAGGUUAAUGUUGAUGAAAUGUUCAUCAAAAAUUUUAAGUCGGAGAAGAACCAUGAAGAUAUUGACCAAACUGUGGCAAUAGAUGCCAAAGUUAACCAAAUAGCGGCAAAAGAGAUUAAAGUUAAUCAAACUUUGACAAAAGAAAGCAAAAUUAAUCAAAUAAUGACAAAGAAUUGCAAAGUUAACCAAACUAAACCAAAAGACUGCAAAAUUAACCAAACUGUUGUCAAAGAUUGUAAAGUCAGUGUUAAAAUUGAGCCAGUAGAUGAUGCGAUGACGAACGGUGCGUAUGAAAAUGAGAAUAAUGAACAGGAACUGAAACCAGGUGAACUAACUACUUCAAAAAGAAUAGUCAAAUACAUGGAUCCUAAUACAAGAAAAAUUUACUACUUAGAAGUGGAUAGGAACCUCGAUUUGAAUAAAAUUCAAGAAAUAGUCAUAAACUCACAGGGUCAAAUCAAAACUGCUAAAAUCAGCCCAAUUAAAACUAACAACGGUCUAAGAUUUAUAAGAAAGAAAAAAGGUGAAUCCUUGUUAAAACCUGAAAUAAAAAAUCAAUUGGUUAAAAAAAUAGACAAUAGUAACCAAAUAGUAAUAAGCAAUGGUUUCGAUCAUAUAAAAAAUGAUCAUUGCUAUUUAGCAAAUGAUUGGUGUAUAGAAAAACCUAUAAUUGAACCAAAACAUGAAGUGACCAAGGAUUAUUUGAAAGAAAUUAAGUUAACUACGGCAAAGUUAACCUGUACGAGAGCAAUAGUUAGUUAUUUGCUAAGGAAAAUUCCUGUCAUAAGUCAAAAUGUUACGGAUUCCGAUUUUGGCGCGGCUUUUCCAUUUGUUGUGUGCAAUCAUGAAAAGUAUUGGAAGUUAGAUUUUGCUAAGAGAAGAAAUAUUGAAUGGUCCAGAGCAAAACUAAUAAACAAACUGCUGCUUGAAAGAUUCCAAAACAACACAGAAAAAGUAUGGCGGACUAAACAAAUACUGGUUUUUUCACGUCUACACGGUUACUACCCGGUCAGACCAGAAACCACCCAAAUUAAACCAGAAAAAUCUGAUCUGGAAUCCAACGAGUGGUCGUCCUGGAACGAUUUGGAAAAUUCCAGGAAAUCAGAAUCGAAUAUCCGUGAACUCUAUCCAAAAUCAACAGAUUUGUGCAGCUUGACAGUGUUUAAAAGUGACAGUUUUGUGUGUAAAGAUGACAGUAGUGUGGACUUGUGUGAUUCGGAUGAGGAAAUUGACAUUGUGACUGAUGUCAAACCUGUCAAACGGAAAAGUGAAGUGGUUUCAGAGUGUGAUGACAGUUUGAUAGUUUUGCCUGUCAGUGGUGAAGAUAGACUCAGGUUUUUGUUUAUCGAGAAAAUGUGUGCAGAUAUUGGUUUGGAGUUAAGAAAUGAAGAUAUUGGCAAUGGAUAUUCUUAUAGUGCUGUGCACUCCGUCCUUCUAACAGCUAUGAAGUGUUUUGCGGAGGAGGUCAUCCGAGCAGGCUUGGCUGAUCAACUGGCUUUUGCCAACGACCCGCAGCUGCCCAACGUGUGGAUAGGGUCGUCGUCCCGCAGUUCAGUGCGCAUAGAGCACGUGUACCGCGGCGUGCAGCGCGCGCCGCGCCUGCGCGCGCUGUGCGCGCCCGGCCGCCGCGCCAGCAGCGCGCACAAGCAGAAACUAUAAUAAACAUGACGAUUUUUUAUAA